AUGCUGCUAUUACCUCAUUUGCAGAUAGCCCAUUAUCUAGUAAUAAUAAUUGAAAUGGUUUCAGAAGCAUCCAUGUACUUGCUCCAAGCCACGGAAAAAAGAUUUUAUUUUGGGAAUGUGUCCAUUUUAAUUCCUACUACAUGGCAGUCUAAGGCCAGCUACUUAAUUCCAAAACUAGAGUCACAUGACAAGGCAGAUGUCAUAGUGGCGGAUCCUUUUGUGAAAUAUGGAGAUGAUCCCUAUACCCUAAAGUUCGGCGACUGUGGAACAAAGGGAAGAUAUAUCCAUUUCACUCCUAACUUCUUCUCAGAUAAAUCCUUGGAUCAGUAUGGACGAUGAGGCAGAGUGUUUGUUCAUGAAUGGGCACAUCUCCGAUGGGGAGUCUUUGAUGAAUACAAUAUUGACCAGCCUUUCUACAUUUCCAGCCAAGGCACUAUUGAAGCAACAAGAUGCUCAGCUGAUGUCACUGGUGAAAAUAUAGUACAUCAAUGCCAGGGGGGAAGCUGCAUUAACAAACCAUGCAGAUUGGACCAAGAGACAGGCCUCUAUGAAGUCGGCUGCACAUUUGUUCCCGAGAAAAUCCAGCAUGCAAAGGGAUCGAUAAUGUUUAUGCAAAGCCUGGACUCUGUGGUUGAAUUCUGUAAUGCAGAAACCCAUAACACAGAAGCUCCUAAUCUCCAAAACAAAAUGUGCAACCACAGAAGUACUUGGGAUGUAAUCAUGAACUCCAGUGAUUUCAGUAACUUAUCUCCAAUGGCAAAAAUGAAUAGACCACCUCCAACCGUAUUCUCUCUGCUGCAAACUAAAGACCGAGUGGCCUGCUUAGUUCUCGAUAAGUCUGGAAGCAUCAGUCAGGAGGAUCGCUUCAAUCGGAUGAAUCAGGCAGCACAGGUGUUCCUAUUGCAAAUUGCUGAAGUGGGAUCUUGGGUUGGGCUGGUCACAUUUGACAGUGUUGCCCAGGUUCAAAAUAAACUGAGUCAAAUAGUCCAGGAUGAUGUAUGUCAUGAGCUCAGCUCAAAGCUGCCUAAAGUAGCUGAUGGAGGAACAUCCAUUUGCAGUGGACUCCAACUGGGACUCCAGGUAAUUACCCAACAUUUGCAAAGUACAGAUGGUUCUGAAAUCAUAUUAUUGACCGAUGGAGAAGACUCCACUAUAAGCUCAUGUUUUCAAGAAGUGAAACGAAGUGGAGCCAUUAUUCACACAAUUGCUCUGGGAAAAAGUGCUGCAAAGGAAUUAGAGGAACUGGCAAACAUGACAGGAGGAUUUAGAUUUUCUGCUACUGAUGAAGUGGAUCAGAAUGGCCUGAUUGAUGCUUUCAGUGGACUUUCAUCAAGAAGUGGGAAUAGGUCUCAGAGGGCCAUCCAGGUUGAAAGUACAGGUUUAACUCUGCGAGGGAAACAGUGGCUGAAUGGCACCGUGAUUAUCGAUAGCACAAUUGGAAACGACACUUUUUUUGUCAUUACUUGGACCACCCAGACUCCAGAAAUCUUUCUCCAGGAUCCCAAAGGAAAGAAAUACCAAAAGUCACAGUUCACAAUCGGUGAUGAUCUCACUAUCCGAACUGCCCGUCUCCAAAUACCAGGCAGGGCAGAGACAGGAACGUGGAUUUACCACCUUCAGAACACAAGUCCAAGUCUCCAGGUCCUAACAGUGACAGUAACUUCUCGGGCCCAAAAUCCCCAAAUACCGCCAAUUAUUGCAACCGCUCACCUGAGUCAAAAUUCUGCCCAGUUCCCUAGUCCAGUGAUCAUUUAUUGUCAAGUUCAUCAAGGGUUUUUGCCAGUCCUUGGAGCCAAUGUGACCGCCAUCAUAGAAGCUGAGGAUGGACAUGUAACUACCAUGGCUCUUUGGGACAAUGGUGCAGGUGCUGAUGUGAUCAAGAAUGACAGUAUCUACUCAAGAUAUUUUACAGUUAGCCGAGGAAAUGGUAGAUACAGCCUCAAAGUGAGGGCUCAGGCAAGAAAAAACACGGUCAGGCUAAGCUCAAGAUGCCAACACAGCCAAGCUCUGUACAUACCAAGUUAUAUAGAAAAUGGCAAAAUUGUGAUGAACCCACCAAGACCUGAAGUGACAGAUGAUUCUGUUGAAGUAAAGGCAGAAGAUUUUGGCAGAACCACCUUAGGAGGUUCAUUCAUUUCCUGGGGAGUUCCUGCUUCACCCCUUCCGGAUGCGUUCCCCCCCUCCAAAAUCACAGACCUGGAAGGAAAGUUUGAAGACGAUCACAUUCUCCUCUCAUGGAUGGCUCCUGGAGAUGAUUAUGACAUGGGACGAGGUACCAACUAUACAAUAAGAAUAAGCAAAAAUCUCCUGGAUCUCCGAGACAAGUUUGAUCACGCUACUUUAGUGAACACAUCAGGUCUGUUGCCUAAGGAUGCCAACGUCAAGGAAACAUUCACAUUUAAACCGGAAACUUUCAAAAUAGAAAACGGCACCAAAAUCUAUGUUGCAAUCCAGGCCACUGAUGAAGUGAAUCACAAGUCUGAUGUUUCUAACAUAGUACACGUAACAAAGUUCAUCCCUCAAGAGAGUCCCUGUUCUAAUGCUUCUAAUCCUAAUUUUAGGUAUGAUUCUAUUAUCAGCAUUUCAACUAUAAUUUGGGUAGCAGUUGGAUUGGUUGCUGGUGAUCUAGCAAUAACCAACCCCAAGAAGAACAUGUUUCACAUGGGUUUUUUAAUGGCACAGACUCUUUCUACUAGAGUUUUUAUCUACUGUGUUAACAUGAGGAAACCAGACCUUUGGCCCUUCCAGGAUCAUGACCAUUUGGAGAGCAGUGGAAUGAUGUUACAUGAGGAUCAUGAGAUUAAGAAGCAAAAUCAAGAAUGA